AAUUAGAAGUCACAGCCUUCCGUAAGUUCCGUGUGUGUUGCGGAAAAAUCCCUUUUUGGGCGUCCGACCACAUGUGAGGAUAGUGAACAAAAUAUGGUUCUUUAGUGAUUUUCUGUUCGGAAAAACGUAUUUGAGAGUGAUUUGUUGAGGAUAUCGAUAGAUACAACGUGCCCGUAUCGUGUAGUGCCCCAGAAGAGUUGGAAUUGGACGACGGAAGUGAAUUUUUCGAUGUAAAUACGGUCCAUCCAGGGUCAGUCCGGUGUGCCCCCAGAAGUCCGCGCAUAUUUUUCGGCUGUCGUGUGUUACGUCGCGGCCGUUCGUCUCGCACGUUAUUUUCUGAGCGUUCGACCUUCGCUCGGUGCGGUCAGGUCGCGUGUGGUGUGCGUACUCGAUUGAUUGGUUAGAUCGGCAGCAUGCCGUCUUGUUGAUGAGUAUGGCGGCGCGCUCGUGAUCCUGUGUCGGCGCGGAGCGCGCGCCCGGCUUACAUAACGAAGGCAGAGCGGCGGGAUGGCCACUCGCGUGUCGGCGGAGGCCGCGGGGCCCUCGUACGCGUCAGUGCUGAACUUUAGAGGAGGCGAUAGCAACAAGGAGAACAUAGAGGCGGCCCCGGGAGAGGUCCCGGAGUUGCCUCCGCGGGCCGGCGACGACGAGGAGGAGGAGGGCUUCGUGCCGGUGAUAGCGCACAGGGGCCGGCCGGGCAAGAGUCGCAGGGAGCGCGAGCGCAGGGCUCCGCCGCGGCCGCACAAGGCGCCUUCGCAGCACGCGGAGCCGCAGGCGGCCUCGGAGCAGCAGCAGGCCGCCACGGACGCGCAGCCCAAGAAGUUCGUGGAGGCUCCCAUCCCCAAAGUCAACCCUUGGCAGGUUCGCGGUGGGAGCACCGGCGCUCCGCCCCCCGCGGCGCCCGCGCUUGAAGAGAAAAGGUCCCCGCUGCAGCCGCAGCAGCAGGGAAGGGCGCAGCCCCCGCCAGAGCCUGUGGCUGCGCCCGCGCCGAAGCCAGCCGUCGUGAAACCGAAGACGUCCAAAAUUGUACAGAAGGCGUCCGACUUCACCGACAUCGGCGACUGGCCGACGCUAAGCGCGGCGGUGGCCGGCGCCCGUUGCCACUCGACGCCGCCGCCCCAGGAGGCUGAUUCGUCGCAUCACAACGGAAACGCGGACCAGGACCGCAAGCCUCUAGAGGAGCACCACCACCAGCCGCCGCCUAGAACGGAGAAGGUGGAACCAGCUGUCAACCACCAGCCGCACGCCGAGAAACCAUACGACAAACACAAUGACAAGUCCAAGCCACCGGGUCCGGGCAAGGGCAGCAGUAAAUCCGGCAAGCACAAGUGGGUGCCGCUAGACAUUGACGUGAAGGCAGCGCGCCCCGGCAAGCACGCGCCGCCGCACACAGCAAGACCCGAGCAUGAACCUCACACACGUACGGACCACUCACCAGAGCGUAACCAGUUCACCGGUCACUCACAACGCAGCACACAUCAUCAUCAUAACGACACGGUAUCCCUCAACGGCGAGGACACGAGGGGGCGUGGUUCUACCAGGGGGCGGGGCGGGGUGGCGCGGGGGCGGGGCGCGCGGCGCGGCCGGCCCGCCUCCGCCGCGCCCGUCCCGCCGCACCCGCACCGGCCCGCCUACCACCACGAGUACCACCACGCGGACCUGCAGCAGGUUAGUUAACUACGUACUGAAGAAAGAAAC